AUGUCGGCAGGAUUGAUGUCGUGUGUGCGCGAAAACUCGCCACCACUAGAGAACUCCAGUGGCGCUGCGGUACAAGUGCAAGACAUACCGAUCACGAUCACCACGCCGGAAACAGCAGCGCCAGCCACCGACACCACCAAGCGGAAACGGUUCCACCCGCUGCGCAAUCUUCGGCGCAUCUUCCGGCGGCGUACGGUUUCGUCGGCGGACCGCGUACCGGGCCAGCUCGGGGCCAAAGGCUCGAGCCCCACCCAUAUCCACUUUGCCACCCCACCCGGCUGCUCGACGACCGAUGCCACGCUCCCGCGGACCGGCUUCGGUGUACCGAUCACGAUCCGCAGCGGCGGCGACUCGACGGCCGGCACCUCGGCGCACCACCAGCACCACCACCAUCACCAUCAGCAGCAGCUGGCUGCACCAGCGGGCGGCGGCAUCGGCGGGUACUUCAAGCGCGAAACCUACCGGCUCCGCAACUCCGAUGAUCUAGACAAGGACAUGUCCGACUACCAGCGCAGUCUCAGCGAAGGCCGACUAGUGGACAGUGACAUCAGCCGCGAUGGACUUUCCCAAUCCCACGAUAGCGUCUUCUCGGAGUCAGCCGGAACCGCCAGCAGUCUCUCGAUUACGCUGAAGAACGAGCUGGCCGAUGUGCUGCGGAAGCGACGAAAAGAUCGCCAAGGUGAAGUAUCCGACGAAGACCUGGGCCUACCAUUGAGCCCGAUAACGCCGCAGCGCAAGGACCGCGGUAUGAACAAGAGCGAAGGCUCGCUAAGCAUUCUGAGCAUGACCAGCUCAGACCUGGACCUGGACGAACGCUCCACCUCGAACGCCAGUGGGCACAACCUGCUGCACCUCGACUCGUCCGCCUCCGGACACUCGAUCGGGCUGAACCGUUCGGACAACAUGGACGAGAGUGGUGACUCAUCGAAACUAAGCCACUCGGCGGCCAAGCACAAGCUGGCUGUGCGACCCAAGAAGAAGGGACCCACCAGAGCCCGAACUCGCCCGGCACGUGAGACCUCACUGCUGCCCGCUACGCCCGAAGUGAACGAAGAUUCGCUGAAGCUGUCCACGUGCAAUAUCGCCGACGUGACGAAACACUCGGCCGAGGCGGAAGAGAAGGCCCAUUCGCUGCCGUACGUUGGCGUGAUGCCGGUCGUGAUGACACCGGCCGCACCGGUGACCGGCAGCAGCAGCAGCACCACCGAGCUGACCGCCAGCUCAUCGAUCUACGUCAACAAGACGCUCUCCAAGAGCCACCAAGAGUUCGACGGGGCCGGCGGGGCGACCCGCAAGGACGACGAUGGCUUCUUCAAGCGCAUCCUCAACUACAGCUUCAAGAAGAAGAAGCACGAAAAGGAGGAAACGGCCGGUUCGCCGAAGCGGGAAGAGAACACGAGCAGCGUCUACAUUACACCGUCGGAGGGCACGACCGACCCCGGGGCGGGCGAGCAGCUGAUGAAGCUGUCGCUCGUCGUCGGCGAAGCGGAUGCCGGGGCCGGGGAGCAGCAGCAGCUCGCGAGUGGCUACCGGAAGAUUAAGUCGGGCCCGGCCGCCCGGCAGCGCAUCUUCCCGAAGGACAUCUACGGGUCCGGCGAAGAGCAGCAACACCAGCACCACCAGCGGUACUCAUCGAACGUGGAGGUGAACCGCCAAUCGGUGGCGUCGUCGAGCGGUAGCGGCCACUCGCUGCUGGCGGUCGCCGGCGAGGGGGGUCGCGGGCCGCUCCACAAGAGCGAGGAGUACCUGUCGUCGGCGAAAGUGCGCAAGUUCUCGGAGCGCAGCGUCGACGAGGGUGGCGAAGGAGACGACGAGGAGAGCGAUGGGCUGCGGAAGUACGUGAGCCACGGGGAGGGCGGCCGGGUGAAGAGCACCGGCGCCGGCAAGGUGUACGGGCAGAGCGCGUACCAGCAGAAGCUCGCCAAGAUGUCCGUCACCCAGCAGCAGCAGCAGCAGCAGGACAGCAGUCCGUCGAAGCGGAAGGCGGUCGAGAAGUCCAAGAGCUUCCGGACCUACACCGACAACGUGUCGAACAACUUGCAGCAGGCGGGUGGCGGCACGAGCAGCGCGGGCAACGGGACCGCGCACGGGCACCAGCUGCCGAGCCUACCGAACUUAAGCUCGUCGCUGUCGGUUGGCAACUUCAGCACCAACAACUUCCUCGAGACGGAGCACAAGUUCUUCAGCAUGACCGAUAACAUGAACGCGGGCAAGCAGCGGGUGUUCAAGGACUACAUCAGUAACGCUGGGGACGAUGGCGGCGACGGACGGCUGCUGCUCACGUCGAGUGCCUCGCUGCAGAAGUUCGAGAUCAACGACAACAAUCUGCUGAACCCGCGCGAGGAGUACUACGACCACCAACCGAAGAGCAUCGUGCUGACGACCAACACGCUGACGCCGCCGGAGCCGUCCAACAGCAGCAUUCUGCACAAGUCGAACCAGAACAUCUCGCAGAUCGAGGAGACGAUCGACAAGCUGGUGUCGUCGCAGUUCGUCAGCAUCAUCCGCAGCUCGGACUCGGAUGGCAGCAGCACCGAGCGGCUGGAUGACGUGGGGGGCCACGUGCCGGAGUUUAUGAAAAUUCAGUUGAACCGAGUGGACGGGGCCAGUAGUGGCCGUACGGGACCUCCGGCACGAACGAACGUCGUGCUGACCAGUUCGCCGACACCGGUCCCACCGACUUCACCGGCGAUCGACCGUAGCCCACCGACCGAGCCGGUGGACACGGUCCGGAUGCGGCGCUUCAGCAACGAGAACAUCGAGAUCACGGAGUCGAAACCUCCGCUGCCACCGUCGGCGGCUCGGACCAGUCUGGACGGCGGCGGUGGAGUACCACGGAGUCCGCCAGCGUUCCGCAAGCAGUCGAGUGGUGGUGGUAGUGGCGACGUGCCCGGCUCGAAGCGCAACUCGAUGAAUCUCUCGCAGGAGCUGAGCGACGACCGGAAGGUGAUCCUGCAGCGGCGCACCUCGGUGACGGAGGAGAAGAUCAAGUACGAGCGCCGGAUAUCGUCGUCGUCGGAGGACAUCAAGUACGAGAAGCGCAAGUCUACCUCGGAGGAGGUGCUGGAGAAGCAACCGCGCGCUGGUGGCGGACCCGCAGGUGGUGGUGGCGUGAACUCCAGCUACACCAGUGGCUCGAGCAGCGGCGAUGAGCUGGUGGUGCUGCGCAAGAAGUUCGUCGUCGAUCGGGAGGGCCGCCGCGAGAAGGACAGCACGCCGGAGCUGAUGAAGGUGUUUGCCCGUCGCUCGCUUAAGCUCCGCUCGGACGACGACUACAAAGUGGUGUCGACCGGCGGUGGCCUGGAGGGCAAGUCUAUGUGUAGCAUCGACAGUGACAAGGAGAACCAGUCGAGCGAAGAGAAGCUCGACAAGGUCGGUGUGGCGAAGCACCAUCACCAUCACCAGCAGCAACAACAGGAGGCACCCGCUUCCCUGUCGGGGCCACCAUCGUCGAACGGUUCUAUGACGUCGACGUCGUCGCUGGGCACUGCCAAGGGAUGUCCGGAGUUGGGCAACAAAAAUGGUGUCACGACGACGGCGGCGCCAGUCAGCAGCGAUCCGUCGGCCGGCGGCGAGCCGAUCCUGCGGAAGAACACGACCAGCAAACCGUUCGGUGUUCCGAAUCGCUUCAGCAACCUGGCCAACGGGCAGUCGGGCCGGAACGCGACCUCCUUCAUCGAUGUCCGCAAAACUUUGCUCCCUCCCAGUGUACCGACUGCCAGUGCCAACGGCAACAACAACAACAACAACACCGGCAAAUCGGCCACCACCAAUAAUGGCGAGUCGGGUGGCGAUGGACCACCGUCCGUCAACAACAAUAACAACAACAACCACCAUAAUCAUCACCAUCACAGCGCCAGCAGCAACCGCCAUACGAUCGCGUCCCUGAACCAGCUCAACAGCGCCGGCGGCGGUGGCGGAGUUGUGGUGAUCGCUAACAAUAACCUUGUCCCGACGAUCGAGGCGAUCGGUGGAGGCGUCGGCGGUGGCGGCGGGGAGAUCAACGAGUUCAAGGGGAUCCUGCAGCGGCGGGCCGAGUGGGAGAAGCGGGCGAAGGAAGGCUUCAAGUAGGGACAGUCGCCGAGCCCCGUCGAUCGUUAGGGCACCGAACGACCCCACCGAGACAACCUUCCACAGAAAGAGAGAGAGUGUGGUCGUCAAUCCAGAUUUCCCGGGUGCGCCCAUGAAGGACCAAACCGACACACCGAGCCCUGCGUUCUCAGAGCCCUGAGUAGAGUAGUUGCC